AUUUGCAUUCUUCGUUAUCGCCCGUACCUUUUGAGCCUUUCCAGAGCUUUACUUGCUCAAUGGACCAUACGCUGCAAGGCACGGGACCGUCUAGGUCCGAAAAAGCUUCUCUUCCCAUCGCGUUUACAGAUAAGCGUUCGACGUAUCCUUAUGCGAAGAGACGCCCCACCAGCAUCUCAUCACCAGCUCGGCUUGCUGCGCUCCUGACUGCUGCAUUAGCGGCCAUACUACUACUGCACUGCUAUUGGGGACCGGGCGCUGGGGACGCUUCAGGAUUCAAGCUCGCGAAUGUUGCGGAGGAAGUACUGCCUUACAACGACUUUUUGGGAAGAGCAAAGCAGAUACUCAAGAGGGUGCCGCUCAUUGAUGGGCACAAUGAUUUGCCAUUUUCCUUACAGAUGAGGAAUGGUGGUCAGAUCAAUGACCUCAAUCUUACAGAUCUGGGCUCCCCAUACCAUACGGACAUGAAGCGUUUGAAAUCAGGAAGAGUCGGGGCCCAGUUCUGGAGCGCAUAUGUCCCAUGCUCUGAUUACACAAAGAAGUCCGACGACGUCAAGUUCACGCUGGAGCAAAUUGAUCUCGUUCAUCGUAUGGUUGAUUAUUACCCUGAGACCCUCGAGUUUGCUCGAUCUUCCCACGACAUCGCUCGGAUCCAUAAGCAUGGCCGUGUGGCAUCGCUUAUUGGACUUGAAGGCGGGCAUCAGAUUGACAACUCACUCGGUACACUACGUCAGUACUAUGAUCUUGGAGUUCGCUACAUGACUUUAACGCACACUUGCCAUACCGCUUGGGCCGAUUCUUGCACCGGCGAGCCGCUUCAUGGUGGAUUGACGGAUUUUGGGGAGAAAGUUGUCAGAGAAAUGAACAGACUGGGGAUGCUGGUGGACAUCAGCCAUGUGUCGCACGAUACUAUGCGGGACGUUCUCCGCGUGACCGCAGCACCCUUGUUCUUCUCCCACAGCUCCGCGUACGAGCUCUGCAAGAUACCGAGAAACGUCCCCGACGAUAUUUUGCGACAGCUCCCCGAGAAGGAUGGUGUCGUAAUGAUUAACUUCUACCCGCGAUUCGUGAGUUGUUCAGCGAACUCAACCUUGGAAUUGGUUGCUGAUCAUAUAUCACACGUCGCUGAGGUGGCUGGGCCCGAACACGUCGGGCUGGGGAGUGAUUUUGACGGGAUUGACGUGGUCCCAAAAGGGUUGGAGGAUGUGUCAAAGUAUCCCGAUCUGAUCGCUGAGCUUUUGCGCCGCGGUUUCUCCGAAAAGGAGGUGGAAGGCAUUGUCGGUAAAAACCUCUUACGAAUUUUGGAACGCACUGAGCAAGUUGCCAAAAAGUUGCGAGGCGAGAAGCCUGCUGAAGUGAAACUGCCCGUUAAUAAAACUUGUUAGAUAGCUUAGAGCUUCACUUUGUAACAUUGAAUCAUGAAAAGAGACACCAUUUAUUUUUACUGAA